ACUGCAGGUUCCUAUUGUGACAACUUACUUGAUAUAAUGUUACAAUAACUUUGUUUUAAUGAAGACUUGGUUAUGUGCCAAUACAAGCAUAAAAUGACUUUCAAAAAUAACCCCACCCCAAGAAAUGCAUCCCUCCCUCAACUCUGUCCUGAUCUGUGAGUAGUGUGCGCGUUCAAACAUUCAAGCUUGAUCUGGACAAUAAAAAAAACUCUGCCCGUUUUUGGUUUUCAUUAUUUUUGAGAGGAAUAAUUUCCUUCAGAGACGAUGAUGCGGAUUGUGGUAUUAAUGGGACUGCUGGCACUCGAGGCUGCUGCGUCUGUGCUGCCGAAUAACGAUUCAAGCUAUAUUCGGACAUUUUCAGCUGAUUUCCGGCCUUUCAAUGGUGAGCCCUUUGAUUAUCUGGAUGCUCAGGAGGGCAGUGGCUCUGGUUUCGACCAUUCAUCCAAACCCAAGAAAGAUCACCACCACCCUGUUGUGACAAUAAAGCACUACCACAUCUCUAAGGAAACAUCAAAAUUCCUAACUGGCUAUGUGGUGACCACUGUCAUCCCUACAAUAUACACUUUAGUGUUCAUCAUAAGUGUUCCUCUGAAUCUCCUGGCGCUUGUCAUGUUUGUGUGCAAAGUGAAACCUAAGAAACCAGCUGUGAUUUACAUGAUGAACCUAGCCUGUGCUGACCUCCUCUUUGUGCUCGUACUCCCGUUUAGGAUAGCCUAUCAUUUCAAUGGCAAUAACUGGAUAUACGGGGCUGGGAUGUGUAGUUUGGUCACGGCUGCUUUUUAUGGCAACAUUUAUUGCUCUGUGCUGCUGAUGAUGUGCAUUAGUGUAGAUCGGUUUAUGGCUGUAGUCUACCCGAUGGAUUCACUCACCUGGCGCAGUCCUCAAACUGCAUCCGUUGUGUGCUGCGCCAUGUGGUUUUUGUCCAUCGGCGGUGUGAUGCCUUUGCUGGUCUCCAACCAGACCAUUCACCUACCUGACUUGGGAAUAAUCACCUGUCACGACGUCCUUGACAUUCAUCACCUCCGCGAGUAUUACCUAUACUUCUUUCCCAUCAUCUCUUCACUUUUCUUCUUUAUCCCACUCAUUUUCAGCACUGUCUGCUACGUGCGCAUCAUCCAAGCCUUGUGCGUAGCCAACGUGGAAAACCGUGCAAAACAAACGAGGGCUGUCUUCAUGGGUGUCACGGUCUUUGCUGUCUUCGUCAUAUGCUUCACCCCCACUAACAUCAUCCUGUUGUCACAUUAUGUGCAGUUUGCUCACAAGUACAACGACACGUCCUACGCUGCUUUUCUGGUCUCCAUGUGCAUUGGGAGUGUCAGCUGUUGUUUGGACCCCCUCAUCUACUACUUUGGGUCGUCGCAGUGCCAAAAGCAGGUUCUCACAUAUCUGAAGUGUCAAGGGAUACCAGGCAUUGAGAGGAGCAUACAGUUGACCAGCAGCACCAGGUCAAGCAAGUUGGAGACCUUAAAAAGCAGCAUGAGCAACCAGUACAGAAAGCUGAUGGCAUGAGCCGCAAGGUCGUAUGAGGACUUUCAGUCAGUAUAUGGUUUACCAGGUCAAGCUCAAUUAGCAUGUUGGAGUUUUUUGCACUGUCAACAAUUGGAACUCUAUAAAUGUCUUGUACCAGAAGUAAAAAAGAAAUUUAUUGGGGAAAUGAUAAUUAACAAUAACUUAUAAAACUUUUAAAGCCAGUCCUAUCGUGAGCUCUGAGGUUGUUAAUCAAUGGUAGCCUUUAUGCUUAUGCUGAAGCCAUAAGUGCAGAAUUUAUUGUCAUGUACAAUCAUGGCAAAAGGCACACCAAACGAGCCUGGCAGCGACCAUCCACUCGUAUGAUGUGAAUGACGUUAGCCAGCUGGUCUCCCUAUACUCUCAACCUACGUGUAUGUAUAUAUAUAUAUAUAUAUAUACACACACAUUAUUAUUUUGAAAUAUACUUCAAAUAUAUUGAUUCUACACUUAUGAUCAACAACUUAUUUAAAAGGUUUUAUACAUUUUCAUUGUUUAUUUGAUUUAGUAAUUUGCAAUGCUUAAUUUUGAACUGUUUUAUGAAGACUUAUGAAAUCCCUAUGGAAAACAAAUUAAUGGAGAAAAUCUUCCGGGAAACCAACAUGGCAGAAAAAGUGGGUGGACACUGUAGCGCUCUGUUGAUAACUAUUGAUUUGUUUGUACUGUAGCUAAAAGAGGUGUCUCUCUAUUGGAGCUUGAACUGUUUCUGUGCUCUUGAAACUCAUUUUCUAAUGUAUAGAUUCCUGAUUUAUUUUUGUGUUAUUUUGUGACAUUCUUAUAAAACUUUUGUAUAUUUGUUACUAAAACACUUUUGUACAAACAGUAUCAGAUGCGUGUAAGGACUAAAAAUAAAACUGUAAAGGGUGGGUAUAUCUCUGUGUAGAAUGUAAUAUGUAUGUUGAUUAAGCUGACUCAUCUUUUCUAAUGUUGCUUGGUGAAUAUUCUCAAACGUUAAUUUUAUGGUCUUGUUUCAUUACAUAUAACAAUGCAAAUUAAGUUAAAGGAAUAAUUAAAAUUA